AUGACUUGUCAAACAAAUGCAAGCCGCUCGCUCGUACUCUCUCCCGAUUUCGCGGCACUCGAUGUCGCUCGGUACGAUUCGGUAAUCUUCGUGUCGUGUAGAUGCGGGCGGACUCCGCAGCGCUGCACUGCUAGCGAGCUGUUAUGGGUAUCUCACAGUGUUGAGCUCCGAGCUCAAGGGUACAAGCUGUCAGUACUCCCAGGAGCGUUCGUGGUCCACACUCCUCACGCUCCUUCACCGGACAUUACGGCCUUCAGAGCUGACCCGCACUACCGAGUAUGUCUGUCACUUUUGAAACAGGAGUUCAUGGACGAUCUCAAGAGAAAGUACAACGUGACGCUUGAAGAUAAUCAAACUAAAUAG